AUGUCUGGAAACUACUCGGUGCGCUGCGAGCCGGGCCUAGUGAUACCGCUCUGGCGUCCGGAGAACAACUUGUAUCUAAUCGACAUCAUCUUCCGAGGUCUGGUGUACUUUCUUUUACUGUUAUAUCUGUUCAUCGGCGUGUCGAUCAUUAGCGAUCGUUUUAUGGCUGCCAUCGAGGUGAUCACGUCCAAGGAGAAGGAAUUGGUGGUGCGUCGUCAUGGAAGGGAGCCGCAGAUCAUCGUGGUGCGAGUGUGGAACGAAACGGUGGCCAAUCUGACUUUAAUGGCGCUCGGCAGUAGUGCUCCUGAGAUCUUGCUGUCCAUCAUCGAAAUUUGGGCGAAGAACUUUCAGGCGGGUGAACUGGGCCCGGGCACGAUCGUCGGUUCCGCCGCUUACAAUCUCUUUGUUAUCAUUUCCUUAUGCGUGUUUGUGAUCCCCAAUGGUGAGACCCGGAAGAUAAAACAUCUGCGCGUUUUCUUCGUCACCGCCACUUGGAGCAUCUUCGCCUACGUAUGGCUCUACGUUAUCCUGGCGGUUUCCAGUCCUGGUGUACUGGAGAUCUGGGAAGGCAUCUUGACCUUCGCCUUCUUCCCAGCUACAGUAUUGACGGCUUACGUUGCUGAUCGACGACUGUUGAUCUACAAAUAUCUGCACAAAGGUUAUCGAAUGAACAAGCGGGGUGUAAUCGUGCAGGCGGAGGCUGGGGAUUCCGAGAUGGGGGUGGAGCUGGAGAUCAAGCCUCAACAAGAUGGUUUUCACGGCAUGGUGGACCGCCUAGCCGACGCCGAUUCCCCUGAAGCGAGAGAGUUCGAGCAAACUCGCAGAGAUUACAUCAAUACAUUAAAGGAAUUGCGUAAAAAGUACCCUACUUUAGCUCUAGAACAACUGGAGGUUAUGGCUCACGAGGAGGUUUUGGGAAAAGGUCCUAAGAGCAGGGCCUUUUAUAGAGUGCAGGCUACGAGGAAGAUGGUAGGCGCGGGUAACCUCAGUAGAAAGAUCAGCGAAAGAGCGCAGAGCGACCUUAGCGAGGUCAAGGCCGAGUUGCAGAAAGCCGAAGCAGAGAGUAUCGAUAUUGAACAUGUCAACGCCAUGAGAGUAUUUUUCGAACCCGGUCAUUAUACUGUGAUGGAGAACGUUGGGACUUUUGAGGUGGGCGUUUCCAGGGCUGGAGGUGAUCUCAGCAGACCCUGCACUGUGGAUUACUGCACGGAAGAUGGCUCCGCUGAAGCGGGAUCUGAUUAUGUGAGUGCCAAGGGCACUCUGACUUUUGAGCCUGGCGAGACCAUGAAGACUAUCAAACUUUCAGUUAUUGAUGAUGAGUUGUUCGAGGAGGAUGAACAUUUUUAUGUGAGGCUCAGUAACGUGUCGCAACCAGCAAUGCUUGUCUCGCCGAGCUUGGCAACAGUAAUGAUUCUGGAUGACGAUCACAGCGGCAUUUUUGGGUUUCCCGAGAGAGAUGUAGAGCUAGUGGAGAGCGUGGGUCAGCAUCCUCUGCGGAUAGUCCGCUAUAGUGGGGCCCGAGGUCGCGUUAUUAUCCCUUAUCGUACUAUGGAGGGCACUGCGAAACCUGGCAAGCAAUAUGUGCAUACCGAAGGCAGCAUGACGUUUGAGGAUAAUCAGACAGAAAAAGUUAUCAACCUGGAAAUUAUUGAAGAAGACUCCUAUGAGAAGGAUGCUCUUUUCUAUGUCGAAUUGGGUGAGCCAGUACUGCAAGGAGCGGAAGCAGGAAUCGCUGCAGCGGCGGAGCUGAAGCAGCCGGAGGAGAGAACGGAAGAGGAGAAAAUGGCACUGUUGGGCAGACCGCGUCUAGGCGAGGUGUUCCGAGCGCAAAUCAGGAUUAAAGAAUCCAAAGAGUUCAAGAACACUGUGGAUAAGCUAGUCCAGCGAGCAAACGCCUCCAUAAUACUCGGCACAAGUUCUUGGAAAGAACAAUUCAUGGAAGCGCUGACUGUCAGUAGGGGUGAUGAGGACGACGCAGAGGGUGAAAACGGUCAACCUUCCUCACCAUCCGCGAUGGAUUAUCUUAUGCACUCACUUACGAUCUUUUGGAAGGUUCUCUUUGCCUUCGUUCCACCCACAGAUAUCGCCGGCGGAUAUUUGUGCUUUAUUGUCAGUAUUCUGGGGAUUGGCGUGGUCACGGCGAUAAUCGGCGAUGUUGCCUCGUAUUUUGGUUGUACUUUGGGCAUCAAGGAUUCUGUCACCGCGAUUGUUUUUGUCGCCCUCGGUACCAGCAUUCCUGACACGUUCGCGAGCAAAGUGGCCGCUUGCCAGGACAAGUAUGCCGACGCGAGUGUCGGCAAUGUGACUGGAAGUAACGCGGUAAACGUCUUCCUGGGAAUCGGCGUCGCGUGGAGUAUCGCCGCCAUUUACCGUGCUUGCCACAGCGAACCGUUCCUUGUCGAACCUGGCAAUUUGGCCUUCUCCGUCACCUUGUUCUGUAGCGAGGCUUGCUUCGUGAUCCUGGUGCUGUUGGUAAGACGAGUCAAGUCGAUCGGCGGUGAAUUGGGCGGACCUUUUAUACCAAAGCUCAUCACGUCCGUGUUCCUGUUCUCCCUUUGGCUGCUCUACCUCAUCAUGUCCACCCUUGAGGCCUACGGCGUGAUCCAGGGUUUCUAAACCAAGGCCAAUGUAACGCCAUGUCGGCCUAUCCACUGCAUAUAUCUUAGCUCUGGCGUCCGCCAAGGCACGUGCUCAACGAAACUAUUAACCGGAUACAAAAGCGAUAUCGAGAUGAUACGAUUUCGCGAAGAACGAACUCUAAUUGUGCCGGGAACUCACAUAAGUUCAUCCUCUGAGACGAUUAACAACGAACACGUUCGCGUGACGUAUUAAAUUGGAAUGUGUAUGUAUGUGUAUGCAUGUAUAGAGGUAUCUGAGAACAUGGGAGUGCUUGCGAGUGUGUCCAGUAAAGAGAAGAAGGCAAAAUCGAUGGAGAGGACAAGCGAAGAAGAGAAAAGAAAAAAAAACGAAGAAAAAAGUGCGCGUGAGAGAAAAAAAUGUGAGCUUGCCUUAAAAUAAUUCAAAGGAAGAAAGAAGUAAGUGCGUUCUAGUCAUGCCAUAUUCCCCGCAAAAAAAAACAUUUGGCUGUUAUCAAAAAAAAAAAAAAAGAAAAAAGAAAAAAGAAAAAG